AUGGCAGAGAUAUACUAUGAGCCCACGGGCUGCAACUGUGAUGGUACUUCCUACUCUCAAACCGAUAUCAAUGCGGCUGCCUCCCAGGCCCUCUCCCUCGCGUCCAAGGGCCAGACCCUCGGCAGGGACAAAUACCCCCACGCCUACAAUGACUACGAGCACUUCAGCUUCCCGCAUGCCUCGAAGCCCUACCUGGAGUUCCCCAUCGCGGCCGGAAGCGUGUAUGACGGUUCCUCACCUGGCGCCGACCGUGUCGUGAUCGGGAGCAUCGCCUCCGAUUAUUCGAGUGCCGUAUACUGCGCAGUCAUCACGCACGAUGGACAGCGCGCGAAUGGCUUCGCCGAGUGCUCGGACGAUACCAUGAACCCGAGGGGUAAGGGCGACUACGAGGGGCAGGAGCGGAAGGGACAUCAUCAUCGAAGAUUGUUGGACAAGAUUGAGCUGUAG